AUUCUCCCUUGGCAUAGGAGGAGGAUGACAACCAUGAUGUAGUCUUCCCACCUAUACCAAAGCCAGGUCUUCUAGUGAAGUCUGGCUCCUGGUCCUACUGAAGGCAAUGAUCAAACUCCCACUGACUUCAGUCGAUGCAAGCUCAACCCAGAGAACUAAAGUUUACUGCUUUUGCCCUGACAUACAUUUAAAUUCAUUAAAGUCUCUGGAUGGAGUUUCUUUUAAGGCAGAAUCCCUUUCCAUAGUUUCCAUUUCUGGCUGGUACAGACAUUCGCGGCAUUUCCUCCCUCGGGGUUCUCCCACUUGGGUUAGGCGUUUAGUCACAGCUCUCACUACCAGCCCAUGAACCAGCCCCUCCCUCAUUUUCUUGCACACCACGGCUUGUUCUGCUCAAGCCAGCAUCUUGGUUUCAUUUGAUCGUGUAGGCACGGUUCCGAUGCUCAACAUUUAAUAGGGGGAAGCCUCCAUUUCACCUGCCCCUAUGCUGUAGAUUAUACCACCUCAUGCUCACAACCUUUUACACACCCCUUCCCCUUCCACGCUGGUCCUGCAGCCUGCCCAGCUGGCCUGCGGCAGUCCAUUCCGCAUCCUAGCGCCCGCGGCCCUGCAGGGGGCGCCAGAGAGCUUUCUUGCCGGCAGGCGAAGGAAGCCGCGGUGAGCUGGUCCUGGGGCUGUGUGAAGUCUCUGCGUUCUGCGCCAGAGGGACGAGACCGGGGGAGAAAGGAGACCACGGGCAACCCACGAUGGCUGAGGUCGGGUUCCUUCCCUGAUCACACAGCUAGGUGAGCUGGCCGGCAACAAAGACCAGGGCUGGAGUCCCGUCCUCCCAACGCACCCUCGUGCUGCUUGACUGCUGCGGAGAGGUUCUGUGCAGAAGUCACAAUGACGUGGUGAAGCUGAAGACGGGACCUGGGAACCUUCCAUCUGCUCAAGUUUGGGUAAUCCAGUGAAUUCUCCAUCGUUCCAUUUUCCCACCAUGGCUAAAAGUGCGGAAGUGAAGCUGGCGAUCUUUGGUCGAGCCGGCGUGGGGAAGUCAGCUCUCGUAGUGCGCUUCCUGACCAAACGGUUCAUCUGGGAGUACGACCCCACUCUAGAGUCUACCUAUCGUCAUCAGGCAACUAUCGAUGAUGAAGUUGUUUCCAUGGAGAUACUAGAUACAGCUGGUCAGGAGGACACUAUUCAGAAGGAAGGACACGUACGAUGGGGUGAAGGCUUUGUGCUAGUCUACGACAUCACCGACAGGGGCAGCUUUGAGGAAGUGCUGCCACUUAAGAACUUGCUGGAUGAAGUUAAAAAACCCAAGAAUGUUACUCUGAUCCUAGUGGGGAACAAAGCAGACCUGGAUCACUCCAGGCAGGUCAGCACAGAGGAAGGAGAAAAGCUGGCCACGGAACUAGCAUGUGCAUUUUAUGAGUGUUCCGCUUGCACAGGUGAAGGCAACAUCAUGGAGGCCUUCUAUGAGCUUUGCCGUGAGGUACGGCGUCGUAAGAUGGUCCAGGGCAAGACUCGGAGACGGAGCUCCACCACCCAUGUCAAGCAGGCGAUUAACAAGAUGCUCACCAAAAUCAGCAGCUAAAAGAAUUGUAACCAAGUAGAGAACCAGGGUAGAGAAAGUUAGUUUGGGGGUGGGGAGGAGGCAGCCAGGACAUAUGAAAAUAAAAGAUGGUCAAAGCUUUACUUUAAAAAAAAAAUCACUUCAUCCCUUUUUGAGUAUAUGAGGCAGAUUCCUUUCUACUUUAUUUAAAUGGUUUUAGAGUGGUAGCAUCCACUCCACACCAUUUCCAUCCAGCAUCACAGAGACAUUCCAAAGGAUUGGCUGACUCAAGGGAUUGGUAAUGAGACAGCUAGGUUGCUGGCUCCAGUCCAGCCCAGAUUGGUAAUGACUGAAAAUCAUUAUGUUCUGAUGGCUGCUCUGCGGCCUAUGAGUAAUAAGUCUCAGUCCAGCGAUAACUGACAUCCUUAGCGGAGAGGCCAAGGACUCAAUCACCUGGGAGACUGCUUAAUUGUUCUCUCCAAAAUUGUUAAUCUGGCACCUUUCAGUAGCGCUAAAUUUACACACAAUUUUUUUAUUACAACCCCUUUUUUCUUGUAUUAUUUUUCCAGCCCAAUACUAGUGCCUACAUUCUUAGGUAUGUAUUUAAAAUAGGAAAAAUAUUGCAUGACAGUAGAGGUUUCAACCAGUGAUGGGUGAAUUUCAAUGGGUCUGAAGGACAUAAAUGUGGCUGGUUUUCCAGGUCUCUCAGAUCUGCAAAAGUGUGCAGGGAAUAUUGCAUAAACAGCUUUUCUAAAGGCAAUUUCAGCAUUCCACCUCAAAGAUCAGAAGUUUGUGGAGGGGGGGGCCAGGGGAAGAAUCAAACAAAGAUAACCAAUCUACUAGUGAAGUUCCAGAGAUUUGGUUACGGUUAAUUAUGAGUUUUUGAUGAAAGUUCCACUUUGCUGAUUUAUCCAGAAUGAUGCAUCCACCUCUGCUUUAAACUAAAGAUAGGCCCAGCCCAAGCCUCAAAUUCUGGGAAGGCUGAGAAUUCAAAAUCCAAACUCAUAUGCAAGUACAAUGUAAAUGGCCCCUUUCUUUACAAUGGGGCAAGCCAAAAGCUCCCAGACUUUCAGCUGUUUCGAACGCAGAUCUAAAUUUUAUGGCUUGAGCCAAUGGUUCGUUUAAACCAGCAGAGAACACAUUUUUAGGCUUUCUUGAGUUUUUAAUAGUACUGACCUGAUUUUUUAAUUUUCUCCUUUCCUCCAACCCUGUGGCUUCAGCAAACUCUUAGCUUUCCCUCUACUUUACUCAUCUAUUGGCUGCAUUUCUGAGGCCUUCUUGAGGGGGAAGAGGGAGGGGAGAGAGAGAGAGACGACACACAUACAGAAGCUAGAAUUAGGAGGUAGUUAAGAAUUUUCAGAUUAUUUUUGUUUCUUUCUUAGCAGUUACAUUACACCCUGUUAGGCAGCUAGGAAUGGAACCAAAACCAACAUCAUGCAGAGUCACAGGCAACUGUGUGGAUCCACUAAUAGAAGUAUGAGCACCUCUUUCCUUUGGUUAACAUCCCCCUUCAAUGCAAAUACUCAGAGCUUUAUUCUCCACUGCUUGGCAUCUUGUGUAGUCAUUUACGCCUGGGCAAAGAGAAUGAAAAAUGGACAGAGAAUGCUAUCAUUGGGUUAGGCAAGUGGUGAUAUUUGAUUUGUUAGCACUUUGCAUAGGUGUAAAUGACCACAUAGGGGGCAGCAUAGUGGAGUAAGCCCUCUGCUUCCACACAAGCAGGAAACAUGAGUCCUAAAUCAGUUUUUAAACGAAGAAUGACUUAAAGAGACUCUGUCAAGUUCAUUUUCUUUUAAAUAAUGUCACUCACACUCUCUCUGAUGACUGUCAUAGAAGGAAUUCAUACUCAAAUGUACUUUAAAGACCUAUAUGCUCUUUGUUUACUUUCUGUUUGGGAAAGUAAAAUCAUGUUUGGGACAGUGAAAUUAGACUGUUGUCUGUGGAGUAAGUUUCUUCUUUUUGGUUCUCAUACGCUUGCACUUUAUGAUGUUUCAGUUGCAAACACUACAGUAGAAUCUUUGAAGGACGACUCUGGUCAGAAGAGCAGCAAAUUGUUACCUUCUCAUUUAACAAAUCUUCCCAAAAUGUGUCAGUCAUAUUGCUAACUUUAGUGACAACCAUCAGUUUUUGCCUGUUUUUUUUUUUUUAAACUCCUGUUAGCAAUGCAGAGCCAACAUAGCUAUGGGAGAGUGAGCCAUAUUCUGUUCUGGCUCAUGCAUCAACACUUAUUAACUAUGGCACUGAUCUUGCAAACAUGCAUGUGAUUAACUUAAUAUGCAUGAGAAAGUGUUGUCAGGUUCAGGACCUGAGUUUCUCCUGUAAUCUUUAAUAAUGUGAUGUCACAUGAGCCAAAAGGACAGACCUUACCAUUACAUCCCAGGGCAAGAUUGCAGACUUGGAAAUGGAUGUGUAUGUGUGUGAGAGAGAGGAGUGAGAUUAUUUUACUUGUACACUGAGGAAAUUUGAUUUGAAGAUCAGUGAGAGAGAACAUGGGAUGUCAUGAUGCUCUUUGGAUAGACUCCAUUUUGAGAUUAAAAUUGCAGAUGAAAAUAUACACACAAAAGUCAAUGGCAAUGUUUGUAGUAGGAAGGUUUGUCAACUAAAGAAAUACUAAAUUAUUGUCUUACUUCUUGACAAUGUCCCUUGAAAAUGUCUCUUUCCUUUUACCAUUCAUUUAUGGGGAAGUAAUGAAAUCCCUUGUGGAAGAACACAUAAUGCUGAACAAAUGUGUCUUACUUGUUAAGGAGAGACCCUCUAAUAAAAGUAGCAACAUUUAUUUUUGAAGAUUGAGGUUGGAGACUACUGCGAAUGACAGACAACUGGACAAAAAAAUGGGGGCUAUUUUGUGAUUUGGGUAUUUUUUCUAUUUUGUUUUUAAUUAAGAGCGCUGUUGUUUUUCCUCUGUUUAAUGGGCUGAUUGUCAAGCCAAUUGUAACACAGCGUGACUACAGUCUAAUUUACUGCUUCUCAAGCUGUUGCAAUUUAUUAUUGGCUGUUCUGCAGAAGUUUCCUAUUUCUACAAUUUCUCAAAUGAGCCAGAAAAUGCCAAAGUGUUGAAAGGCCCAAAUGCAAAGUGAACCCCUAUCCACUGAUCUUUCAAGCAGGAAACAGGGUAAUUAAAAGCCUUCAUUUGUAUUCUUACUGCCAAUUUUUCUUUUUUAAUAGUAUUUCCCCUCCCCUUUUUUGUACUUUCCCCCUAAAGUAGUUUCCUCAUUAG